AAUACUUUUAUUAUUAGCACGUGAAAUAAUUAUAGUCCUCGAGACUGACUUUGAGUUCUUCAACCAACAACUCCCCAAGAAUGUCGGCCGAAGGACUCUCGAAACCUGCGAAACAAGCAAAGGAAGACUUUGCAGUUAUAUCGAAUCGCCUUGCUGUGGCCUUUGCGAAGCGCGAAUCUCUCAUCAAGUCCUGGACAGCUUCGUCUUCCCGACCACCACCACCAGCGGAAAAAGAAGAGGAGCUUGAGGCUGAAGAUGCUGCCCUGUUUCGCAACCAGCCUCCAUACCUAGGUGUUGGCGCGCCAAUUCCUUCUCACUUUCUUGUUAGUGAAGCGGAACGAAACAACAAGUCAUUGCGUGCGAAAUUCUUCCCUACGAAAGGCCUCAAAGCGAGCAAAGCAAGAGAUGCGGAGGAAAAGGCUACUAGUGCAAAGCGUGCGUUGAAGGCAGAAAGCAGUGAUGAAGAGGAAGGUCGUUCUGGACUAGGUCGAGCGAAGAAGUUGAAGAUGACAAGGAAGUCAGAGCCUGCAAAGUCCAUGAAGGAGCAGAGCGAGUCUGAAGAAGAUCACCGAGCAAGAUCGAUCAAGUCGAAGAAACACAAAACAAUAAAAGUUGAAGCAUCGAGAGGUAUUAAUGUACCUGACAUAAACCAAGGUCAGACAACAGCACAAAGUCUAGUGGAAACCACGGAAUUCAUUGUGUCCAAAGGUGAUGGGAAGGUUGAGGAUGAAAUGGAGACUUCGAAGGCAUCGGCAUCGGCAUCGAGCUCUAAUGAGCCAGAUGAUAUUGACAAAAAGACCCAACGAGCCAGAACAACAGAUCCAGCGGAGUUGAAAAGACAAAAGAAGAGGGAGAAGAGGCGGAGGCAAAAGUUGAGAGCGGCUCUGAAAAACACCAAAGCAUAAGACGACCCAGUCAAGUAUUGCUUUAUGAAUCAGCAAUCCAUUUUGCCCUAAUCACUUUGUCGCAACCCUUCUCUUGUGAUUCAUUUGUUUUUAUAUUGUGGACCAUAAAUACAUGUCCUG